UCUAAUUGCUUGUUCAUCUGAUACUCUGUUUUCUUAUAUCUCGUUUGGGUUAUGAUUCUUGUUGUUUCAAUUCUUCACAAUUUUAAUUCCAUUAUGAUCGAGUAAUUCAGCUGCUCAUUUCAAAUGUUAUUGCUUAUUAUGUUGUUAAUCAUGAGAAUUCGUGAGAUUUAAGGAUGAUUAUUUGAAAAAAAAGAGGUUCGAUUUAUGUUCUGUCUUGACGAUUGAUUGUAUCAAGUAUUGAUCUUUGAGCUGAUUUAAAAUGGAGAUGAGUCAGCUCGAUUCCGAUUUGCGCCUGCCUCCUCGAAAACGAUUACUUGCUGGUUACAUGAAACUAAACGGCAUCGGAUCUUCUUCUUCUUCUUCAUCUACGUCUCCUUCGGCUGCUUUAGCUUCUUCUUCCUCGACUUCAAACUCAAUCGGAUCCUCCUCCUCCUCUGCUUCAACCUCUCGUUUCCACAGCGUCCAGAAUCAGUCACCUGAAGAGCUCGUGGAGGCAGCGAGAUCCGCAGCUGCCUUAGCCGUCAAAGCUGCGAAGGCGGCUAGAGCGAUAGCGAACGAGAAGGCCUUGAUUUCUUCAAAGGCGAUUGCUGCGGCCAAGAGGGCAUUGGAGCUUGUUGAUUCUUUCCCUAAAGAAGCAAUGGCUGAUUGCAAGGAGAAGAAACAUGUCUCCGUAGACAACUUGUCUUCAAAGGAUUUAGCGUGUAGGUUGCAGCGAGCUAUCGAGAGAAGGUACCCUAAAGUCUUGGCUAUUCGCGAGGAGAAUGGUCAAAUAAACAAGAAGCAGAAGAUGAACAAGACCGUAGCUGAUGGUGGGAGUAGUGUGACCGGUUAUGUGAAUGGCAUCGCUGGGGUUGUGGAUUCAGACAGCUCCUAUGACGGAUUAGAAUCAAACAGAAAGGCGUUCAAACCGAAUGAAGUGGAUUGGAUACGGACACCAGGGAAGGGGAAAGCAGAGGAGCAAAGAAGAGGAAGAGUGAAACUAAAGAAGUUUCCUUUGAGCAUUUGCGAUUCUACCGAUCAAGAAAACGGUGUCUCCUCCUUGUCUCCAGUCCCGGUGGCUCAGCCGCAAAACAAAGCCAUACGGUCAUAGUGAGUUUUGUAUGCCAGAAGAAAAGACUUUUUUUUUUAUUCAAGUUUUGGUCAGCAUUUGCCAUUUUCAGUAGAAGAAGAAUCCACAUUUGUUGUUUAUUCAUAUAUGAAUUGUAUUUGCAAUUACGUUGUGUUGUAGAAUAAGGUUUGGUGGUAUUUGGAUUCAUAGACAAGGACGAAUGUAAUGAAGUGAUGAUGUACCUUUUUUUGUUGAAUAUUAUUCUUUCCGUUUCAAAUUAAA